AUGGAAGUAGCCGGGAAUACGUUUCACUAUGCUGAAUUGAAUGUUCGUCACACUGGUAAUGCUGAUAGGACACUUGCUAUGGUAAAACGUGCAGUAAAAAUGGGGUACGACACUGUUGCUAUCAACAUAGAUAUUGGAGACAUUGUCCCCAGCGAGAGCAUCGAUGAGCAUAUGCUGCCUCAGCCCAGCUUAGAAAAUACGGACAAACCUCCACCAAAGAAAAAACCGCGAAAAGAUGAAGAUCGGAAAGGGCGCGAACAACAAUUGCCAGAACCAUUUCUCAUAAAUGAAUCUCAGCUCGAUCUCAGCGAUUUACAGAGACUUGGGAAGAAAUUUCGGCAGUUUAGUCGAAUAACUUUCACACUGAAUGACGCUACGGUCAUCCAUAACAUUUUCAACAACCCACGAUUGCGCCGUUUCGAUCUUGUGGCAGUGCGACCAGGUGAUGUGAGCAUCCUCACCACUCUCACUAGAAAAACUGAUGCCGUCGACAUAAUUACCAUGAACCCCGAAACUCACGUUUCUUGGUUACACAAGUCAAAAUUUAUGGAAAUGAUUCGUGCAGAAGGAGUUGGGUUUGAAUUCACAUAUGCAUCGGCAUUACUUCCAGCCAAUAGGAGGGCGUGUCUUCAUAGUGGACGGUUUCUAAUUCGUGGUCUCCGUGGUCGAGGUGUUGUAGUGAGUAGUGGUGCAUCUUCAAUGUAUGAACUACGUGCACCUGUAGACGUAAUGAACAUGUCUAUUCUGUGGGGCAUCCAAGGAGACCACGCAAGGCUAGCGAUAAGUGGUAAUGCUAAACAAAUUUUGUUGCGGGCUGAGGCACGCAGAACAGUUCGUGGUGCUUUACAUGUAUCUCCAUUGGAGAUUACGAGCAACGAAAAUGGAGUUUCGAGCACAGGUGGAGGUUAUUCCUACAGAAGCAGAUGCUACAUCCCCGUCAAGUUCAGCUUCAUAGAAUUAGUAGGGGAAUUAAUGAGAUGGCUGGAAAAUCUCAGGUUGUGGUCGGCGUGGAAAAUCCGGCGGAUAUUUCGGUUGCAAGGUCAAACAAUAGCGCCCAUUCAGUGGGGAGAACCGCUACUUACGACCUUCCCUAGUGCAACACUUGAUGCAAGGUUAAACUCCGAUCGAGCCAGAAAACUUAGGUCUAUUGUUUACGAAGUCAAGACAAUAUCCAUGUUAACCAGACAUUUCCCUUCAAAAAUUUUGGACGAUGAUUGGCUGGUGUUACUUGAUUGCCAAACAAGGAAACAAAGACUUGACUACUUGAAAUUUCUCCGUAACCGAGAGCGCGAGAGAGAGAAGGAUAUGGAGAAAAAGCGACUGAAGGAAAUAUCUUCUUCCUUGUUUGUUCAGGAAACUAAAUGUGAACAUUCAUCUCCCUUAUAUUACCCUACUGCAAAACUUGCGAAAGAGCAGAGACGUCAAUUAUGGCAGAGGGUGGCUAACGCUUAUCGAUGCGGUGCUCCGACACUCGUGAUAGAUUGUCGUUUCCUUCCUCUGCUUUCGCCUAGAGGAGCAGAGCUAACCUCAAUCCAGCUCAAAUAUCUUAUCAGUGAAAAUCGUGACAGCAGCGCGCCAUGGCAACUAUACUUCGCAAACUUCGACCUUUCAAAUGACAAAGUUCGACGGCUCAAACGCAGACACUUGUCAGUCAUUGACUCUUCUUCUGCAUGCUCUCCAGUGGUGUUAACCAUUGACUAUACACACAUGUUUGGACGCGAACGUAUAGUGUAUCUUAGUCCCGAUGCAGAAGAGGAGCUGGAGGAUGUGGAUGACGAAAAUGUCUACGUUUUGGGUGGUAUAGUUGACCGUGUAGUUGAACGAGGAAUUUCUCGACAAGCUUCUUUGGAAGCUGCUACAUCCGACCGAGUUUGCUGCAAGAGGUUGCCUCUCGAUAAAUACGUGAAAUGGAAGAGCGGCAAUAAGUUCCUCACUCUGACAGCUGUUUCUUCUAUUCUACGAGAUGUGAACAAUUCAGGUGGUGACUGGGAGUCCGCCUUGAGAAGGAAUAUUCCAGUCCGCAACAUCAGAUCUGCUGAAGAGAAAUGUGCAGCUGGUCGACAGCUGCAUGAAAAAAUUCGCCACUUUGAUAAUCAACUUUUGCAGAUUUUGGAUCGCGAAAUUGGCCAGGAGCCUCUAUAA